GUUACUGUUUACACUUAUUGUCUACCUUAGUCUUAGUGAAACUAUCUUGAAUUGUCUACUGGUGUUGUGCGUCGCACUUGCUGCUGACUUGGAACACCAAGGGUCCAAGACCAGCAAAAGCUAACAAAAGCUCCCUUUCACCAGCCUGAAAUGGGUGACUUGCGGGAUCCCCCUACCCUCCACCCUGUCCGACAGGGGGGUGAGACUCUGCCGACUCUGGCCACUCUGGGUUAAACUUUGAUCAGACUUAAAGGAAUUGAUUAUCAGUUACAGUUACAGUGCAUCUUGGCCUUGGCAAUGAACUUAAUUGGUGAAUCAGAAUUGAGUUUAAAAAGAUGACCAAAUCAAGCUACAUCCGCAAUGGGCUUUACCAGGCUAAUGAUCAAAUUGAAGAUGUACAAAUCUCACUUGAAAGAGAUAUUCUUCACUUUUCUUCUGAUCAUUACCUUGUUCAUCUUCUUCAAAACCUAUUUCGACCAGGCUCUUAGCUACUCACCUUUCAUUCGCAGCAAAAGUAUUAACACAUUUUAUAAGCUCAUUUCCUACAAGAACCUGCUGGCAUCUAAAAGAUUUAACUCCUCUUGUGAAAUAAGAUCUUUGAGGCCAAGUCUUAUUUUUAAAACAUUAUUAUCAAAUAAUGGGAACAGUUGUCAGCGAGUUGAUCCCAUUCCUGGCUCAUGUGACGUGGCAGAUAAACUAUUUUUUUCUCAUCCAAAGGCUUCAUGCACACCUCAAAAUAAAUUAAUUUUUUGCACAUUACAGAAUAAACUCAAUAAAUGGUCUGUGACUUGCGAUGAAAAGAUUAGCCAGAUCUGUUCUUCACAUUUUUAUAUUUCCAUAUUGAACCAAUCAACAGGUUCUCUCAAAUGGCAGGAAGUUGGAACAAUUAACCAGGUUGCAGCAACACUUUCAGGUUAUCUGGAGCAAUGGGAUGAACCAUCCACACCCAAAUUUUAUGGCUAUUGUUUUAUUCGUUGCCAGUUAGCAAAAGAUUUGUCCAAAGAUGAUCUGGGAGAUGACUUGGAUAAAAUAGUUUAUGGUGAACAAUUGCUUGUAUUGCCUCCACAGUUCACAACAUCCAACCCAGCCCACAGCAGUUCUCAAAAUCUGAUCAAUAUCAAUAUAAUCUUUGUGGAUUCUGUAUCACAUCAACACUUUUUCCGUUCCCUAAAAAAAACUGUUGCUACUUUGGAAAGUAUCAACACAGAUUCUAGCUUGCUGGGACAUGUACUAGAUUUUCGGUUAUUUCAGGCAGUUCGAUCAAGAACAUUCGAAUCCUUGCAAGUUUUGUUUUCAGGUCAGAUUGACCCAUUGGCUGAACCUUUUGGCACACAGGAUCUGCCAGAAGAAAGGUUAGUCUUGGAAGCUCUUUUAGGUAAAUUUAAAAGAAAGGGUUACAAUACUUUGUGGCUGGAAGAUCUCUGCUAUCUCUGGGAAUGGGGGAUAGCCAAGGAUCUAUUAUUUAUGAACAAAAGCAGCCAUAACAGUGACACUUGGGUCAGGAUGUGGGGCAGGCUAAGAGAAUGUGAUGUGGACAGCAUUGACAUUACAUUAUCAAUGUGCAAGAUUCUACAAAGUAAUAAUGUGAAGGAUCACUUCCAUGGACCAAGUGCAGUAUGUUUCAAUGGAAGGCAUCAGCAUGAAUACCUCCUUGACUAUCUUAAACUCUAUCAGCAGCGGAUGGUCAACAAUCACAAACCAUUCUUCACAUUCACCAUGACCAAUGUGGGCCAUGAAGACACAGGCCGCAGAAUUCAAUCUCUAGACAGUGCCUUGGCAUCCUAUUUAUUGGAAUCUCUGUAUUUGAAGAACACCCUGACGAUAAUUUUAUCAGACCAUGGGAAUUCUUAUGGAGCAUUUUUCAAAGAGAGUCUAGAAGCUCAGCUGGAGCUCUUUCAUUCAUUUAUGUUUUUCAUUGUGCCAAAAGAUGUUGCAGAGCUUCUUGGGACCAGUGCCCUUCACAACUUGUCUGUUAACACUGACAGGUUGAUCAGUCUUUUAGAUCUUCACUAUACACUCAAGAGUCUCGUCGAUUCUGAUGCCUCUGUUCCUCGAGCCCACAAGAACUAUUUGGUGUCCCCUCAUGGCCUUCUUGACAUAGUUAGUGCUAACAGAUCAUGCAAUAAUAUUCCCCGCAUUAUGCCUAACCUAUGCAUUUGUAAAAAUUUUGAGAUGGUUGUAGAAAAUGACUCUGACUAUGAUCUCUUUGCCUAUUUUGCAUUGGGCCAGCUGAACAAUGAAAUACAGAGACAAGUUUCCAAGCAGCAGUCUGUAAAAGGCUUAGAUCUAAUAUAUAAUAGAAAUAAACAACUAAUGCCUGGAUUCAAGAAAUGUCAGAGGCUGGUCUUGCUAGAUGCUGAGAACAUAAGGAAAAACUUUGCUGAACAUGGAACUGAAGUUGUCAAGAUGGAUUUACAUGUUCAGGAUGGGCAUAUCUUCUUUGUUGCUUUAAGUAUCACCCAUAAUGAAGACCUGACAUCCCAUGCCGCACUAAUUAAGUAUGACCGCAUAACUCCCUAUGGUGCUUUCUCUAAAUGUGCUGAUGAUGGAGUAGAUCUUUCUCUUUGUGUCUGCAAUCUGAGAGAUGAAAAGUCAUCCACUGAGCAAUCUAACUACAAAGGUUUUGACUUUUUAGGUGACAAUUUAAUGCCAAAUUUUGAUGUUCAGGUGCAAGUGUUGAGCUGUGAGGAUGAGUGCAUGCAGUUGAUGACUUUCAAACAUAUAAAAGGGGCUGCAAUAUUUGUUGUCAAUUCCUGCGCAGACAGAAUAUUCCAACUGAAGUUAAAACUAGAAGCUAAAGAUGAUAUCAUUUACUCCCCUGCUCCGUCCAAUCCUGUCAUUAUUUCCCCCGAAGGAAUGGUCAACAUUGGGCUGCUUUAUGAUUCUACCGGAAAAGAUUGGACUUUCUCAUUGAGGUUUUAUUGCCAGCGCCUUUGAAUCCGUUUCUUGUUCGUAUUGUUAUAUGAAAUAUCAAUCUAUCAUAUCUUCUAAUGUUCUUUAGAAAAUAUUAACAUUAAUUUAAGUGCCAUUCCUUUUUAUGGUUUUUAAUAAUAAUUUUGUAACAUAAUCUCCAAAUUUCAUACAAAAAGAACAAUACGCAGACUAUAUUGUUUUAUUCUUAUGGCUUGAAUUAAACUAAAUAAAAUUGGUGCUAACAUCAGAGGUAACAAGAAAGAGACAAUGAAACAAUCUAGUUUUUCAAUAAAAUUAUUCAAGCUAAUUUUUGUUAAGAUGUUUUGUGCAGUACAAUAUAAUAAAUGGUGAUUCAUUAUUGUGAAAGUAUUAUCACUUAUAUAUGGAAUCAAUAUAUUUCUUAUCAAAACUUUUAUCUUUGUAAAUAGCCUCUUGUUCUGUCUCCUGUUUAAAAAAAAAAAGUAUAGUGGAGUCCAGAAAACUGAUCACUUAGCAGUGGGAAUAACUUGGCCACACCCAGAUGGGACAAAAAGAACAGAUUUUGCAUUUUAAUUUUCUAUACAGACAUAAAGUAUUUUUCUGAAGGCUGUCCUAUCUGUUAAAUUACUGUAGUGAUUGUACAGUGUGCAUAAAUCUUUAUUUUCAUUUGGGUGAAGUACAUUAUUUUCUUUUGUUUAUGGAUAUUUGGGCCAUUGAUUCUCUGGUGUAUUUUCAAGUAAUCUAAUAUAUACAAGUACAGGGCUGUAUUUUCUGUAUUCUUUUUUCAACCUGAUAUUUUGCCAUUGUGAUAAACUCAGGCAUCCCUUGGUCCACAUCAUUCGACAUCAUAUUUUGGGACUCUACUGUAUUUAUGUUGUGAUCAAAGGUCUGACAUGUAACUUACUUACUAAGGUACUUAAAUGAUUAUAUUUUCUUAUGUUGAUCUUUGUUUGUACAUCAUUGAUAUUUGAAUUAUAGUGCUUUGCACACUGGGUUAUGUUGUAUUCAAUUCUGUUGUUUUGAUUUGGUCUCACUUGAUACUACAUUCCUACUUUAAAGAUUUAAUGUAAGUUAAAUAAGAAACAUGAAAAGAAAAUUAUUGUUAUACGACACAUUUCUGACUCUAUUGGGUAGAUAUAUUGAAUCUGUUAAAGAGCAGCAUGUUUGGUCACCUCUUUUAUUCAUUUGCUUUUAUGCACCUUAAUAUUUACCUGUUUAGUGCAAAACAUAUUCUAAGUUAGAGCUAUUUCUGGAUACAUUUUAAAUUCUACACAAUGUCAAGGAUGUUAGGUUUCAAAAUCACUUCUGCUAACUAAAAAAUAAUGAUUUUGUGCUAGAAAUUCAAAUUUUUUUAAAGCUGAAAUGUGCACACAAUUUAUCAUUAUCUGUACAUUUCAAGUUACAAAGCUAAUAAAUGCUUCUUUUUUUCUGUACCCUGCAUACAUCAAUCUCCUCUAUAUGUAAUCAAUUGUGUGCUAACAAUAAAUAAAACUUGAAAUACUUUGACUGAAAAGACUUAUUGAAAAUAAAGUUAACUUUUGAGAUUUAGUAAGCCAGUAGGCUAUUAUUAAUGUGGCUGUUUUCUAUAUAGUUAGUAUUGUGUAACAUUAGCACUAGGAGGAUAUCUUCAAAUCAAAUAGUUCAACCCAAUGAAUUCAUGGUGGUAAUGUAAUGGUUCAUCCUCAGUGUCCACCUUUCAACUUGGCAGUUUCAUCGCUAACAUGAUUUGAACUAGAUUGAUUUAACAAAAUAUAAAAGAUAGGGUUUGAUCUCUAUUGACAUUAUUCACUUUCCAAGAAAAAAAAUAUUUUCCCAGUAAAUAAUCUGUCCUUUUCUGUAACAGUGUGAAUAUGAUUCUUUAAGAUUCCUUUUAUACACAAUUAUUUGUUAAUAUUUGUAGCUAUAAACUGUUGUAUUUUAUUAUUCUAUAUUUAAAUGUUUUUCUUUUGAAACACUUUAUUUUAUGCACAAUACUGUGGUACUGUUUAGAAUUGUAUUUAUUUUUGUAAAUAUUUUUUAAGGUUUUUAAUCUUACUUAUUCUAAAUCCGAUUGCCAGUUUAAAAUGAAUGUUACAUAAUAGGGAAAAAAAACAUUGUUAUUGUUAACACUGACUUUCUUAAUAUUUAUCUUUUCUUGUUAUUGCUACCUUGUAAAUGUGGUAGAACAUUUUUUUUUCUCCUUUAAGUAUUGUAAUUCUAUUAUAUAAUCAGUAAAUUGUAACUAAAAGUAAAGUUCCCUUUUAAUAGACCUUAUGGUCUAUAGUGCAGAUAAUGUAAAGGUCAUCUGUUUUUGAGCUGGGUGAACUCAAAGUUACUCUAAGGAUCCCAAAAUUAAAAAUCCCAGUCUUCACCAGGAUUCAAACCCAGGACCCCUGGGUUUGAAAGCCAUGUGGGGUGUCACCAGAGAAUGCUACCAUGUCCUUCAAAUUUGCUCUCUUUACCAAGAGCCCUGUACAAGACACUUUCCCCAAAACACCCCAAUAGAAAGAAAACUAUAUGGAGAGCUCCCUGAUUUUGAAACAACUACACAGUUCAUUUCAUAUAUUGGUCUAGUGACAGCCUAGUCAUCUGAACACUCCAACAUACAAAUGAAAGCGAGGAAGAAGAAACACUCGGUCAUCCAGCUUCCAAAAAUAAAAUUGUAACUGUGGAGCAAUCCUUUAACAAAAAAAUUUUUUUUAAAUAACUGGAGAACUCCUUAAAAAAAGCAUUCCAUUUUUUUUUAAAGAUGCACAAAAUGAGAAUUCAGCAAGGUCAUACUGAUAAAGCAGGCCUGUCAAACUCAUUAAGGUCACAUAAAAAUUUACUAUGACCUGAGGGGCCGCAGCAAAAAAUCAGUUGCAAAACAGCCUAUUAGUUUUAUGUAAAUUAGAAACAAUACAAUAGAAUACAAUAAUUAAUGGCAUACCUGUCCCUUAGCUAGUUUUGCAGUACAAUUAUGUAAUUAAAAAUUACUAUCAUUACACAUUUAUUUUGUUUGUCCUGAUGCUUGACAUCUUUUCUGGGAUACAAAUUUAUUAAUGUCAGGUUGAUGUUUAUUUGCCACUGACACUUUCAUCACUGAUGACAAAUUUUGAUCAGAUAAUCUAGAAAGGCGUGAUGUUUUUAGCUUUCAUCAUGGAAAAGAAAUGCUCACAGAGAUCAGUGCUUGCAAACAUAGCUAGAAUUCUGGCUGCAAAUGUCUGCAAUUCAAUGUACCGUUCAGGUAAAUAACUGUAAAAUUUUGGCACAGCCACUUCUAUUUACUUUGCUUUCAACAAAGAAUCUGACUGCAAUUUUAUCAGCUCUAGUUGCACAUUACCAGAAGCAUAUGAAAAUGGAGACACAAACAACGAAAAUUCUUGCUCAUAUGAAACGAAGUCACGAAAAUGGUCAUUGAAAGCAUCUUUACCAAAUGUUGUAGCCAUAUUAAAUCUUUUUGGUUCCUGACACGUUGAGAAGUGAACAAGAUUUUCUCUUCAUAUUUGGUUUAUCCAUAGUCAUAAUUUUGCUUGACAGCACUUCACAUCAUCACACGCAGUUGUGACAAUUUUGACUUUACUUUAAAGUUUCAAAUUCAAGUCUUGCAGGUGACCAGUGAGAUCAAAGACAAAUGCCAAAUCCUGAACCCAUUCGUCAGUUUUGAAAUGUUCAAUAGGUUCACCUUUCAUGUUCAGAAACAAUUUCUUCACUCAGUCCUUAAAAUCUCUUCAAUACUUUAUGACAUGAAACCCAGCGGACUUCUGUGUAGUAGGGAACACAAUCAAGUUCAUGUCCAUCGUCCUCCAGAAACAUUGAAAAUAAAAUUGAUAACCACUGAAAGCGGUCUUAUGUUGGAACUGGAAUUGUUGUGUGCAGAAUGUUUCUUGGUGAAUGAUGCACUGAAAAUGAGCAAAUUAAAAAUUGGCUUCAGUCUCUCUUAUUUUAGCUUUGUUAUGCAUAGAACAGAGCUCAAGUAGCUCCUCAUGUAUCUCAAAAUUCUUGUCACAGGCCCUUUUGAAUAUAACCAACUGUGCUACACCCUUAUCAGUUGACUCAUUGAGAGUCAAUGAAAAUAAUUCAAAAUCAACUAUUUUGUUCUUUAAUUGUUCACGCAAGCUGACUGACAUGUCAUUUGGUCUAUCUGCCACAGUGUUCCUAGUUAACGCUAUUUCUUUGAAUGUUUCCACCUUUUCUGGACAAAUUACUUCGGCAGCUUUAACGACACACUCCUUCAUAAGAUCACUAAAUGAUUAGCAAUGGCUUGCAAUUAAGUUUGACAAAAUGUAGCUUGCUUUCACUGCAGACUCACUCUCGUUGUUCAGUUUAACAAAUAAUAUUUUUCAAUUCAAGUAGCCUGUCAUCUCUUACUUUCCAGCAUAAUAGUUUAACAUUAUUUUGAUAAUUUUUUAUGUGGCCAAGCGGGGUGCAUGCAAAGUGGUCGCGGCUGCAUGCGACCCCGAACGCCUUGUUUAACAUGCCUGUGAUAAAGUCUAAUAUCAUUAUAUAACUUAAUACAAUACAAUAUAAAAGAUUUUUUAUGAUUAUGUCCAUCAUGUUUAAAAUUAGGCGACCUUGACAUUAUAUUUGAUUGAAAACUAAAUUAACCCUACAAUUUCAAAUGAAAAAAAAAUAAAGGAAACUGGUUACACAGAGAAAUGCAUUUAUAGACCGUAAUAAUCAUGAUCAAAAGACUAGACCUAGUCUGAGAGUGAAGACUUAUCAAAACACAUUGAAGUUUUUUAUAAAAAAAAACAACAACAAAUAUUGCACAAAGCUUUUGAAUCUUUUCUGUAUGUUUUAUUUGUGAAAUGGGUGCAGAUAGUGAUGAGAUGACUUUAACUGCCUUAGAUUUGACUCAGCUGGGUCUGUUUAGAUGCAUGGCAUUCUGCACUAUUCUUAAUAUUCUGACUGGAAAACAUGUCAGUCUGAUUGGACUGUAGUAAAAAGUAGUAAGUUAAGUAAGUAGUAAAAGACUUAUUUUUGAAAUGGCAGAUCAUAUCACUGUUAAAGAUAUACGUCACAUCUUUUUUUAAAAAACGUUUUUCAAAAUGAGCUCAAUAUAUAUUAUUUUAGUAGAAUGUAUUUUUAUUUGUGUUAGGAAUAAAGAAAAAUGUCUAAUUAUGGACAUUCUCCCUGGUGAUACAAGGUUUGUCAUAUUUUUUGCCACUAUGAAAUUGUGGGUUAGACAAACAGCAUUGAAUACUAGAGUGAGAUUUGAUUUCAUUAUUUUAAAAUAAUUUUUGAAACAACAAAUCUUGCACAGACCUGAUAGUUGAACUUUAUCAAAAGCUUUUUUAGUUGUAAUAAUCUGUAAUAAUUUGUACUCAUUAUUACAAUUAUUAUGAGUUUUA